GCCGCCGCGAUGCCGCUGCAGCCGCGCCUGCUCCGCACCUACUCGCGCCGCGGCGGCCACCUCCGGCCCCUGCCGCCGCCCGACCGCUGGAUUUCACCGCCUCAGGACCGCAAGCGGUUCUUCAGCUCCACCUCGGCCGGUUCCAGCAUCACUUCGGCCGGUUCCAGCGCUUUCUCCGCCCAUUCGGACGACCCCGAUUUCUCACCGCCCGGUAAGCGCCGCCGGCAGCCGCCGGCCAAGCGCCCCGCCCGCCCCCGACGCGUGCGGGCCCGGCGCGGCGGCGGCGCGGGGAAGGAGCGGGAGAAGAAGGAGCAGGAGAAGAAGGAGCAGGAGAAGGAGGAGCAAGAGAAGGAGAAUCGCCCGCCGGCCGCCGCCUCCCCCUCGGCCGCCCCGGCCCCGCGCGCCGCCGGCCGCCACCGCCAGGGGCCGCUGUACGCCGCGCGCCGCCCGCUGCUGUGCAGCACGCCGCAGUGCCCGCCCGCGCGCCCGCGGCCCCGCCGCCGCCGGGGCUCGGCGCCCGAGCUCUGCUCCCCCUGCCCGGCCUCGCCGCCACGGCUCUGCUCCCCCUGCCCGGCCUCGCCGCCCGAGCUCUGCUCCCCCUGCCCGUCCUCGCCGCCCGAGCUCUGCUCCCUGUCCCCGCUCCUCGGCUGCCCGCAGCUCUACACCCCGCCGCGCCCGGCCUCGUGGGGCAGCGCGCUGAGCUCGCCGGCCUCAUCGCCGGAACACGCGGCCUGGCAGCCGCCCCUACCCACGGCUGAGGGCGCGGGGGCUGCUCGGUUGCGGCCCAACGGCUCGGGCAGGAGGAAGGAGCGGAGCCCGGCGUUGCUGAAGGCUGGCAGGGUUCUGAGGGCAUCGGUGCGGGGAGGCCGCGGGGCACAGGCUGCGCUGUCCCCACACGCAGCCCCAGCGGCUCCUCGGGCAGCGCUGGCACCCGUUAAUGGCGAAGCGCAGCCCUGUGUGAGGGAGCUGAGGAGAGAUGCACCCAAAGCCAGCUUGUGUGGUCAGAGAGGCAAAACCAAGACCAUGACGCUCACACCACAGGUGGUCUUGGAUCCUCACGAAGUGUCAGUGUUGCUGUCACGGAUGAAACUCAACAAGAAGGCAGAGCCUGAGCCUGUCUGCCAGCAGCCAGGAUCUCCUCCACGCCUACAAAGACUCAACCAUAACAGAACUAAAGUUGUUGCUGGAGAGGGAAGUACCUGUCGGAAAGCCUGUAUCAGUGGCUUCAGUGCCAGCCGCUGGGGGAGGCAAAUAAGGCUCCGGCCAAUAAGGCACAAAAACAAGAGACAGCAGCAGCCUGCUAACUCCUUUGUCAAACCACAGAGGAGGCAAAAAGGAAUGAAGAAAGGUAUUCUAGAGCUGUCUGGAGGUGUAAGAGACAAUGACUAUUCACUCCUCAAUAGCUUCUGUUCCUGGGGUAGAGUUCGAGCAUCUUUGUCUUUCCAUAAGAAGAAGAAAGUUACCGCAGAAGAGAGUUUCUGCAACAGCAUCCUCUCUGUCCCUUCACUCAAAAGCCAGCUUUCAGGGCACCAAGGAACCCUAUCUGCUGGUAAGGCUCAGGGUGACAUUUGGUCUGCUUCCUCCCUGAUCCUGCUGGCUCCCAGCCAUAGCUCUUCUGUCCUGGAGCUAAUGCUUACAGACGCGGAGAAGGUGUUUGGGGAAUGCCAGCAGGAGGGACCUAUCACUUUUGAGGAAUGCAUUCCUUUAGAUAAGAUGAAAGACUGCAAGAAAAUUGGAGAAGGGGUGUUUGGAGAGGUCUUCCAAAUUGACAGUGAGAGGGGACCUGUGGCCUUAAAAAUAAUUCCCAUUGAGGGGACUGAGAGAGUGAAUGGUGAGGCUCAAAAGAGCUUUGGAGAGAUUCUGCCUGAGGUUAUCAUUUCAAAAGAGCUCAGUCUUUUGUCUGAGGAGUCUGUAAACAGGACUGUUGGGUUCAUCAGCUUGUACUCUGUGCACUGUGUUCAAGGGGCCUAUCCUAAGUACCUCCUGGAAGCCUGGGACAAAUACCACAAAGACACGGGAUCAGAAAACGAUCGGCCAGACCUUUUUGGGGACAAGCAGCUCUUCAUGGUUCUGGAGUUUGAGUUUGGAGGCAAGGACUUGGAGAAUAUGAGAAAGAGGCUCGCCUCAGUGGCAUCAGCAAAAAGCAUUUUGCACCAGGUCACUGCCUCCCUGGCUGUGGCAGAAGAGGAAUUGAACUUUGAGCACAGAGACCUGCACUGGGGGAACGUGCUGGUAAAGGAAACAAAUGUCAAGGAGCUUAAUUAUGUGUUGAAUGGGGUAACAUACACUAUCCCCACAGCAGGAAUACAUGUCAACAUCAUAGAUUACACCUUGUCUCGGCUGGAGAAGGAUGGGUUAACUGUAUUUUGUGACCUUUCCACUGAUGAAGAGCUGUUUCAAGGCACAGGGGACUACCAGUUCGAUAUCUACAGGGAAAUGAAAGCAGAGAACUCCAAUAGCUGGACUGACUAUCACCCACACAGCAACGUCCUCUGGCUGCACUACUUAUCAAAGAAACUUUUGAAAGACAUGGUCUACAUGAAAAAGGAAUCAACUGCUGCCAUGAAGAAGAUAAAGCAGCAGCUCCUCAAGUUCCACAGAGAAGUACUGGCCUUUGAGUCUGCCAGUGACACUUUACAAAACAGCAGCCUCUUCCAGUGAGCAAGAGGCUGCAACGAUUCCAAGGGCUCACCAAUCCUGCCUUUCUCUUUUGCUGGUUUUCUGGAUGAUCUUGUGAAAUGCUGACACAGGGAAGUGUUAUGAUGGGUCACCCCUGUGUAUAAUACCUUAACAAAAAUGUCUAAAAAAACCCAAACCCUCAAAAAGUUCCUCUCUGUAGUGUCUUCAUCUGUUCUGCUUUUGAAGGGAGAAGGGAGAGAACAGUUGGCCUUUGAGAAGGAAGAUUUCUUCAUGCUCAAUGUUUUAAAGUUAC